GAUAGUAACGGAGAAUGCAAUAGAGUUAUCGUGAAAAGUACUUACUUAUCUCCAAAAAUAUCGAUAACUGACUGACAUUACUUAAACCAAAACCGUACAUCAUAUAUUGUAAACGCGCAUCCGGUUAAAGUAACAGUUGACACAAUAUAAAUAUCAUUAUAUCGCGAUCUUUUUGUGUUUAUUGAGUGAAUAAAACUAAAAAGAAAACAAAAUGCGUCAGCAAAAUGAAGAGCGGUCUAGUUUCAUUAUGUGCAUGAAUGUGAUUAACUCGAUAACGCACUGGGUGCUGGGUGCAGUGGCCAUGGCUGCCAUCACCUUAGCCGCAAUAUUCCCUGGAUCAUCACACUUCAUUCAACAUGUGUAUCUUUGUACAAUUGGGUAUGUCGUCCUCAUGGCUCAGGCCAUCCUUACCUUCAACCCUAACAAUGGCUGGUCGAGAAGCAUGAGGUAUCAAGACAAGAGGGUCAUCCACAGGGUGAUGCAGAUCGCCGGGUCUCUCUUAGCUAUAACUGGCAGUAUCAUUCGAAUGGUCAAUCUUACGAAUAAUUUCCAAAGCCCACAUGGAAUUCUGGGCCUCAUCGCAAUGCUUCUCACUGCCAUCAGUCUUGUUGGUGGCAUCAUCGGCCUCUAUACCAAAACCACCGCCAUCAAAUUACUACAUGCCUGCGCGGGAUCCUUGACUCUCAUCUCAGCAUUUAUCUGCCUCUGCCUGGGCUUUGAUAAAUCAGUGUUUAGGGGCCUAUUUAACGAUACCGUAGCUGAUUUAGCCAUCACCUUAACAGUUAUCGGUUUAAUAGGUACAUUAUGGUCUGCGGCUAACUCUAAUCUGAAUAGAGUUUUGAAACGAUAGAGCACUCACCUUGUAAAUUUUACUUGAACUUGGCUUGACACGCUGCCGCGUGUCUAGAUUUCCUAAGUAAGUAUGUUAUUGUGACGAAGAUAUUUUUACAUACAAUGACUCGUGCUAAAGCAAACACUUUUUAUCAGAAAUUGCGCUGCGUGAUUUUUAAUAAAAUAAGUCUUAUUAUCUAAUUACAUUGACAUUAUGGAUAUUGAUGGAGAUUGAGAUAACGAGAAUGUUUGAUGCUUUGUCCGCAAUGUAUGUUGAAUUGUUGACAUUUAAGUCGGUAGGUAAUAAAGCUUACAGUAUUACAUUUAAUUUAUAAUCUUGAUAUAAUAAAUGAAUUAAACUACUAUUAUAUUACUAAAGAUGCUUUAUUUAUUCAACCUUAAUAUAUGGGUAAGUACCUACUAUUUACAUAUAUUAAUACUAUAGAAUACUUUUUAACCACUGUUCUGGACUGGAUAUGCGCUAAAUACUGACCUAUUAAUAAUUAAAUAAGUACUACAAUAAACGUUAAAAAAAUCUACAUUCGAUUAAAAUUUAUAUAGUAAAAUUUACAAAAUAAUCAAUUUAAAUAUCACACCAAUAUACGCAUUGUAUACAUUUACCUACUAUACAUUGUAAUACCUAAAUAUGUAAUGUAAUAUAUAUGUCCUAUACGUAUUCCGGAUAUAGCAAUAUAAGUAAUUUCGUCAGUAUGUCAGUGCAUCAUUGACGUAUAUAUUUCAGGACUGGCCUUACGGGCAAUAAGAAUGGGGCCAGUACAGCGGUGUGACACCGCUACAACGCGAUUGGUUGAUGAGUUCGCAUCACGCACGCGAUUGGUAGAUGAGAUAGUCUGUAUCUUUAGGUAUUAAAAAAAAGUAAACAAACAAUUUGUACAUUUUCGGGUAGUUAUAACAUUUAUUGGUUAACCGACCAAUUACAAAACCGCCUGGAAUAGUCACUGAACAACCUGACUUUAACCUACAUUAUUUGAUCAUGUAGGUAAUGUUUUCUUAAGGAGCCAUUUGAGGGUAAAUUUUGUUUACUUUUAUUUAAAUACCUAAAUAUACAGAGUAGUAAACUAGAUAGUCAUAAUACAGAUUUUUACAAAUAUAAUGUAAAUGACGAUGCAAGAGGAAAUUAGUCAAUUCUAUAUAAAUAAUCAUCAAAUGUAGUAUUUUACUAAAUUAAAUUCGAGUAAAUUAUACCAUUAAUAAGGCAUAUGCAGUCCAGUGGAUAAGCGUACAAGAACUCAUUAAAGAAAAUCUAUCUCCAAUUUCAACUAUCCUGAUUUCU